AACGCGCGGCAGGGAUGGGCGGGGCGAACAGGGAGCCACGGUUAGUCUCGCGCGGGGGUAGUGAGCGCCUGAGGGACCAGUCCUGCAUCGCGCGCUGGUAGGCAGAAGCAACAGCAGGAGCAGCAGUCGCUGUGUGAGGGAGUCAUGAAGCACUAUGAGGUGGAGAUUCUGGAUGCGAAGACUCGGGAGAAACUGUGCUUCUUGGACAAGGUGGAACCCCAUGCCACCAUCGCAGAGAUCAAGAAUCUUUUCACUAAGAGCCAUCCGCAGUGGUACCCUGCCCGCCAGUCCCUCCGCCUGGACCCCAAGGGCAAGUCCCUGAAGGAUGAGGACGUUCUGCAGAAGCUGCCUGUGGGCACCACCGCCACACUGUACUUCCGGGACCUGGGGGCCCAGAUCAGCUGGGUGACGGUCUUCCUGACAGAGUAUGCGGGACCCCUUUUCAUCUACCUGCUCUUCUACUUCCGGGUUCCUUUUAUCUAUGGCCACAAAUAUGACUUCACGUCCAGCCGGCACACAGUGGUGCACCUUGCCUGCAUCUGCCACUCAUUCCACUACAUCAAGCGCCUGCUGGAGACGCUUUUUGUACACCGCUUCUCCCAUGGCACCAUGCCCCUGCGCAACAUCUUCAAGAACUGCACCUACUACUGGGGCUUUGCUGCGUGGAUGGCCUAUUACAUCAACCACCCCCUCUACACGCCUCCCACCUAUGGAGCUCAGCAGGUUAAAUUGGCUCUCGCCAUCUUUGUGAUCUGCCAGCUGGGCAACUUCUCCAUCCAUAUGGCCCUGCGGGACCUGCGGCCAGCUGGAUCCAAGACCAGGAAGAUCCCAUACCCUACAAAGAACCCCUUCACGUGGCUCUUCCUGCUCGUGUCCUGCCCCAACUAUACCUAUGAGGUGGGGUCCUGGAUUGGCUUUGCCAUCAUGACACAGUGUCUCCCAGUGGCCCUCUUCUCUCUGGUGGGCUUCACCCAAAUGACCAUCUGGGCCAAGGGCAAGCACCGCAGCUACCUGAAGGAGUUCCGAGACUACCCACCCCUGCGCAUGCCCAUCAUCCCCUUCCUGCUCUGAGUCACCCACCCCCACUGGCUACCAGCUCGGCUCUCAGGAGGCAGGCUCUUGUACCCCUAUCUGAUGUCCUUCUGGGGAGGAAUGGGGUAUACCAAUCUGUAUCACCUGGAAUAAAAUCUGCCUGCCCAGCCAGA